GGUCUAGUCGAAGUACCCGAGAGUUUGCUGAGAGCCCCGCCAAAAUGGAGGAGAACGUGCCUCUGGAGCCGACCUACUGAAAGCCUGUAUCCGCAUUAAUCGGGACACAGAAGCACGGCUGUAGCUCUGUUAUAAAUCGGUAAAAUUGGCCAAAUAAUUGACUGAGAGCUCUUUGGUGUAUGUGUAUUAUUUGUGCCAAAUUUCAUAAAAAUCGAUGCAUUACUUUUAACUGUGGAUGAAAAACAAACAGAUGUGGCUUUAAGCAUUUUGUACAAUCAUGACCAAUUUGCAUUCGCAUAAUAGAUUGUUCUUUCACACUGCAGUUCAAAGUUCUGUGAUGAUAAUUAUGAAAUUUCGUCAGCAGUUAUAAUACUUAUAGAUACAUUUUCUUGCAAAAUUUCAUCAACUUUGAUCAAUUGGUUUGAAAGCUACUGGUGUUGAUAGGGGUGAGUGUUAGUGAAAAUUUGUCGUGUAAUUAUAACUUCUGAAUUUCUCUGCUAAUUUUCAUGAAAUUUUCACAGAAGGUAGUUGAUUAUGUGUAUAUAAUGCCUGCAAAAUUUGAUGAUUAUUGGUAUAGUACCUUCAAUAGUACAAUCAAAACAAUAAAGGGUGCUGACUAAUUGCUGUUUUAGGGGCUUAAAUCAUGUUCAGUCCCAAUACAUGUUUCGACUAUAAAAUUGUUGAUAGUGCAUCGAUUUGUUUGAAAUUUUGCCUGUGCAGCAAAUGUAGAUUUAGUGGUUUGUGUUCAAAAUAUUAACCGUUUCCUUUGGCAAAUUCAAAAGUUACAGCGCUGACAAGCAAAGCUAGGGGCUGUACAAAAUUCAAUGGCGCAUAUUCUACUCUUUCAUUACUACAACAAAAAGUACUGCACCGAUUCACAUGAAAUUUUGUAGGUGAAAUGAACACAUCUGAAGAUGUUAUUAGGUCAAAUUUGAGCAAUUUUUAUGAAUCUAUUGCAUAGUUACAACUGUAUUUCUGUGUCCCGAUUAUUGCGUAUACAGACUUUACUACCGAUAACUACGUGGUCUCCCCAACGCUCGCCAACCGUCGUUGUCGCUGGUCCAACCCUCAGUCCGAGGCGAGUUCCCACCCAGCGCUCCCGCCAGUUCUUCAGCAGUUCCCGGCCGGCCCUAUAGGUAUUUAUUACGAACCACAGAACACACACACACUCAUACUCACACUCACCCACACAGACUUGUAAAUGAUAGGACAAUAAAACUGUAAAAUUAUAAAUCACCAGCUUUUUCCAUUACACCCACAUAUCCGAGGUCUGAUUAGCCGACUAGAUUCCACUCCACAGCCGACCUUGAGACCAGAAAGAGGUGCUCCAGAUCGCGCUAGCCGGGAAAAGAGGUUGUUGUAGAACCCGGCCUCACACGACAAGCCGUUGCUCUGCCAAGCUUGCCGAGGUCUUUUGUCCGGUUAGCACGUGUGCUACCCUACCUACCAGUAACAAGACAUCCCAGAACACCGAAAGGAAUCUUCUGAAAGAAAUCCCGGGAGAAACUUCGAGAGAAAUCUCAAAAGAAAUCCCACAAGAACCUUUGAGAAAUAUACCAGCUGGAACUUCUGUAGAAAACCAAGUAGAAACUGUCGGAAAUUUCUUUAAGAAAUUACAGAAGAAACUUCGGAAGAAAUUCCUACAGACAGAUUAGUGAAAACUCCUUAAAACCCUUGGAGGAACUUCAGUAGAAAUCCCAGGAAUAACUCUUUCAAAAGAAAUCCCGAGAGCGAGACUCUAACUGGGAGCAAUACUGCAAAACCUCUACAGAAAUUCUGUAUAAUUCCGAAAGUAAGAAAAAAUACGGAAGAAAAUUUGUAAAAUAAACCCUGUGAGGAAUUUCAAUACAAAUAUGUAUUUGCCCUAUUAUGAGAAUCCCGGAAUGAAUGAAAUUGUUUCUGAACUGAUUUAAAAUAUCAGUUUAGAAAUAAUUCACAGUCAAAAUACCUAUACAUUUUACUAUUCUCCUGAAAGAAGAAAGUAUUGUCUCUGUCAACCGAUCAACUGAAAGCGGAUCUCGCAAUCAAGGCGAUAGAAGGGAGCCCCGACAACAUAAGAGAUUAUGGGAAACCCCCAUGAUUUUUCGCGUAUAGGUAUCACUUUCAACUGUUCUGGUGAAAAUAAUCUCACUUCAGUUCGUGAGUGAUCGAUGACCGAAGGGGACGAUCUAGGUACGAGAGACACAAGAGCACUCCACGCGUACAAGGAAACUAUGAAGUCUACGACUGCAAUUUUAACAUUGGGAGUUGUGCUGAUAACGCAGUGGAAUUCUUUUGUUUCCUGUCAGGAAGCAUCCUCGGAGGAGGACGUCUUGGAAGUUUUAAAAAAAUUUAGUAAAUGUCCCAAUGGUUAUUGUGUCCCAAUACAUCUAUGCAAUAACGGCAUCAUCAACACAUACGGUGAAACCAUCCUCAAACCAAGAUUCAAUGAUUAUGAGAACGUGAAGACUAUAGAGCUUGAACGAGGGAACCGUACUUGCGAAUUUGCAGCUACAUGUUGCGCCUGGAAAAUCGUUCCUCGGUAUGGUCCAAGCGAACCGAACGAGCUUCCUCCGGCCAAAUGUGGCAUCAACCGACCUAAUGGAUACGUCGUAAACGUUAACAACAGCGCCAUAGCUCAAUUUGGAGAGUUUCCGUGGAUGGCGGCCCUUUUGAAGCGUGUCCAGCUUCUGGGGAAUGAGAAGGUCGAAUAUUUCUGCGGCGGUUCCCUGAUUCAUCCGCAGGUGAUUCUGACAGCGGCGCACUGCGUCCAGCAUGUUGCACGGGACACGUUGGUAGUUCGAUUGGGAGAAUGGGACACGGUCAACGAGAAUGAACCGGUCAAACAUCAACAAUAUGGCGUACAAAAAAUCAUUAUCCACGAAAACUACGUGGCAAAAAGGUUCCACAACGAUAUAGCUUUGUUGAUCAUGCAGGAGGAAGCCGAUUUGAAAGUGAACGUCAAUACAAUUUGCCUGCCUUCGAUAAACGACAUCUUCGAUAACCAGCGCUGUCUGGCUUCCGGUUGGGGUAGAGAAAAUUUCGAUCCCAAAGGACAGUACUCCGAGGUGAUGAAAAGGGUGGAACUGCCAGUUGUACCCCAUAAACGAUGUCAGUCAUUGUUCAGGAAUACCAAGAUGGGACCGUACUUUCAGCUGCAUCCGACUUUCAUGUGCGGCGGAGGUGAGGAGGGAGUAGAUACCUGCUACGGCGAUGGAGGAUCUCCGUUGGCAUGUAAACUGGGCAAUCGGUUCGUUCAGGCGGGAAUCGUUUCGUGGGGAUUGGGUUGUGGCGUUAAAGAUGAUCCGGCGGCAUACGUCAAAGUGUCGGUCUUUAUCGACUGGAUUAAGAAUAAGUUGCGAGGAGAAGAAAUAAAUAUUGAUGAUGAUUAGUUAGGGGAAUUCAUGUAUUUUCGACAGUUUUGUUCUAUUCGUCGU